AUGGCUUCAGGUCGAUCCAUCAAAUUGAACAGUGGUUACAGCAUGCCAGCCGUUGGGCUGGGCACCUGGGUACGUUCAGUCUCUGCUAUCAUACGGCAUACCUGGGAACAAGUCAUAUUCCCGCAGCAAUCGCAAAAAGAUCAAGUUCGCGAAGCAGUUAUAACGGCGCUGCAGGCGGGGUACCGACACAUCGAUGCGGCCGCUGUUUACGGCAACGAGAAGGAGGUCGGAGAUGGAAUCAAGGCGUCCGUAGUUCCUCGCGAGGAGAUCUUUUUGACGAGCAAGUUAUGGAACACCCACCACGAGCCCGAGCACGUUGAAGAGGCUGUGGACCAGUCCCUCGCCGCUCUCCAGACUAACUAUCUGGAUCUUUACCUGAUCCACUGGCCUGUGUCGUUCCGGUAUUCCAACACCACUAUCCCACCUGUCGACGAGAAAACGGGGCUUAUUGACGUGAUUGAUGUGCCGGUUAAGGAUACCUGGGCAGCGAUGGAGCGCCUUGUGGAAAAAGGAAAGAUUCGCAGUAUUGGUGUGAGCAACUUUACUCGGGACAAGAUUGAAGAAUUAUUCAAGACUGCAAAGAUCCGUCCUGCGGUGAAUCAGAUCGAAGCCCAUCCGUACCUCCAGCAACGGGAUCUAUUGCGGUGGAGUCAAGACAAUAACAUCGUCAUCACGGCUUAUUCACCGCUGGGAAACAAUAUCUACAACAUUCCUCGUGCGGUUGAUGAUGGCCUGGUAAUUGAAACUGCCCGCAAGUUGGGCAAAUCGCCUGCGCAAGUGUUGAUCAGCUGGGCUGUUCAGCGGGGAACCGCUGUUCUUCCCAAGUCAGUGACGGCGGAAAGGAUUCGCAGCAACUUUGAAGACUUUGUACUUCCCAACGACGCAUUCGAAGAAAUACAAUUAUUAGAGAGGCACCAACGCAUGAACUUCCCCGCCAGACUUGGAGUUGAUAUCUUUGGCGAGGUGGGAGAGGCUAAGGCGAAGCAGAGUGCCCUGGCGUGGGCAGCAGAGCAGAAGAGACUUCGGACUUGA